AUGCCAAAUCCAUUGACCAGGUUCAUACACUCCGCGCUUACGCAUCCAAAGCACACGCCCUGGGUCGCAUCCUUGCUCAUAUUGGGCGAUGCGGUUCUUUGCGCCCUGGUCAUCUGGAAGAUCUCCUAUACCGAGAUUGACUGGACAACCUACAUGCAACAAGUGUCGCUCUACAUCUCCGGUGAACGCGACUAUACUGCCAUUAAGGGAUCGACCGGUCCUCUUGUCUACCCCGCUGCGCAUGUUUACUUCUACACCCUCCUCCACAACCUGACCGAUGGAGGCCGCGAUAUCCUCCUCGGGCAGAUCUUCUUCGCCGGCUUUUACCUGGCUACACUUAUCGUCGUAGUUGCGUGUUACAGAGAAGUGGAGGUUCCUCCAUACCUGUACCCACUGCUGGUUCUGUCCAAGCGGCUUCAUAGCAUCUACAUGCUACGCAUGUUCAAUGAUGGCAUUGCGGCUUUCACUAUGUGGACAGCAAUCUACUUGUGCAUGAAGCGGAAAUGGACCGCUGGUGUCGCGAUCUGGUCUCUGGGUGUGGGCGUCAAAAUGACCUUGGUCCUGCUCGUCCCGGCUAUUGCUAUUCUCACCCUGCUGAGCCUGGGACUGGCGCAGAGUAUUAUUCUUGGUCUCAUGGCGAUGCUUAUUCAGGUCUUGCUUGCUAUUCCUUUCCUCCAGGCGAACCCAGUUGGCUACUUAUCCAAAGCCUUUGAGCUGUCGCGGCAAUUUAUGUUCAAAUGGACAGUGAAUUGGCGAUUUGUGGGCCAGGAGAUUUUUCUUUCGAGGGAAUUCUCAUUGGGUCUGCUGGUGCUGCACGUUUCUUUACUGGCUAUCUUCUCUGUUGUGUGGACAAAGCCGUCCGGAUCCAACGUGCUCCGCUUCCUCCAGGACAGCAUCCAGGGCCGCCAACCGCCCGUGACUCUGUCAAGAUCCUUCAUCAUGACAGUGUUGCUGAGCUCGCUCGUCAUUGGUUUGCUGAGCGCCAGGUCGUUGCAUUACCAGUUCUUUGCAUAUUUGGCAUGGGCCACCCCGUUCCUCCUGUGGCGCGCAGGUCUCCAUCCAAUCCUUAUUUAUGCCACAUGGGCGCUGCAGGAGUGGGCGUGGAACGUCUAUCCAAGCACCGACGCCAGUUCCGCGGUCGUGGUCUUGUCGCUUGCUGUGCAAGUGUUUGGUGUACUCGUCAAUGGACUCGGCGGGGUAGAUGGCAAGCGUGGCGGAGCUGAGGACCGCAGGAAGACGCGUACUCAAUGA